UCACACAAACAACAUAAAUAUGCAUUCAAAAUUGUUCAAAUCCAUAUGAGUGGCUUCAAAAGAUAACAGAAAAAAAACGAGUAUUCCGUGUAUCGGUCUAAAUAAGGAGAAAAAGUUUGCGGAAAACAACAUAUGUGCACCACACACCUAGUCGCGUGUUGCUGUUUGUACCUUUAAAAAAAAUAUUGUCAUUAUGACAAGCGAAAGUGGAAGUUUUCAAUUUAAACCAAAGUAAAGAAAAUACGCUAAACAGACGGAAUAAAGACUGCAAUUGCUCUGCAUAGUAUAUGCACAUAAAUAAAUUGACUUGAACGGAAAAAUAGUUUAAAACGUUGAAUAUGGUGAUUCGUAAAAAAUGUCCGCAAGUCUAUUGGUCGCAAACCGAUGACGAAAUAAGGCUAAUAGUUGCUUUACUAUUAGAUGAUAUGUUACCAAACAUUAAGCUGGAAGAAAGGUUUAUUUCGUUGGAGGCAUACGGAUUUGGUGCAGCUGAUAAUGGACCGCACAAAUAUUAUUUCGAAAUAAACCUUUUCGAAGCGAUUGAUGCAGAGUCGAUCGAUUCAUGUGUUAUAUCAAACGUUGACUCCAAACUCCAAAUUAUUCUGAAGAAAAGAAAUCCGGAUAUUUGGUGGUCUCGUCUUACAGCUCAACCGCAGAAACAAAAUUGGAUUCAUAUACACGAAGAGACGUGGAUAUCACGAAACAAAAUGGAUUUGAAUGAUGAGGCAGAAUAUCGUGACAUUCGAACAGACUAUCCUGGAAUCGAUGAUGUGGUAUUUAAAGAGGAGUUUGGUUAUCAAAGAGCUGAUCGAAAGACCAUUUACUUGAUAAUGUACAAUUUGUACCAGUUUAUCGCAUUUUUUUACAUCGUACUGGUACUUUUAAUAACUGCAAGUCGUGAUGGGCUCAGCGCUGUAUCAAAAUCAACUUACAAAACAGUGGGAGCGGCCAUGAGAACGAGUCAGGCACUACAGUACUUGGAAUUUCUCAAUGCACUGGUUGGUUACACAAAAGGAUCGCCACUGUUUCCAUUCCUUCAAGUGACCGGACGAAAUUUCGUACUGUUUGCUGUAGUGCACGCAGAAGAUCGUCUCCAAGAGAUGCCAGUUAUAUUUAUGUUAUUUCUAGUUUGGUCGUUGGUUGAAUUGAUAAGAUAUCCAUACUAUAUAAUUGCAUUGCUUAAAAAAGAUAUCGCAUUGCUCACUUGGCUGAGAUACUCCAUUUGGAUUGUGUUAUAUCCGUUGGGCGUUUUUGCAGAAGGAACCAUUCUUUUGCGUAGCUUACCACUUUUUGAGGAAACAAAACGUUUUACAAUCGAAAUGCCGAAUAGAAUGAACUUCACCUUUGACAUGGUCAAUUUUAUGAAAUUUUAUAUGGUUUGCGUACUGUUGCCAGGUCUUUAUUUUGUGAUGAAACACAUGACGAAACUAAGAGAGAAAAAAUUGAAAAAACCAAAAAUUCAUCACAUUAAUCAUAAACAUGAUUGACAUCAUGAUUAUUUUAGAUGUUAUUAAUUUUCAUUAUAUAUAGAUUUUGUAACGGUGUGUAACGAAAAUGGGAGAAAAUGCAAUGUUAGAUCGAAAAAAAACUUUUAUUUAGAACUUUCAAAAUCUCAAAUUCAUUUUUUACAAUACUUUUACUCAUAAUUUAGUAAAAAAAACAUGCUAUAACGAACGUUGCCUGAGAAAAACCACAGUUUUUUAGUUCAAAAUCAAAUAUUUCCAGAAAAUAUUUAUCAGGCUAUUUACUUUUUCAUGAUAUUAAGUCACGUAUUCCAUAUGGAUCCUUUUAAUAUUCAUUUUUGCACGAUUUGCACCAAAGCCAUAUAACAUAGGACGUGUCGCUGGUGCGUGGUUUACACCAAAAUACACGAUCAAAUACAAUUUAAAAAAACUCGUAAUGUUUGUCAGUGUGCAUCGAUCUAUAUGCAUGAUAUUUAUAUUUAAUCGGCAAAUAAUAAAUGUGUUUAAAUGUAUUUGAGAUUUACAAAUUGACGAUUAGAAAAAUGUUCUAAAUGAGCGUACACAUUGUUUCUUUUUUCGAUCUUUCGAUAAUACAUUUAUCUCCCUUUCUAUCUCCACACACAGCUAAAAUUGUGUAUCAACCAUACAAAAUCAAUGCUACAUGGUUAGCGAAGUAAAAUCAAAUGACAGUUAGAUAUUUGCAUCAAAUCAUAUUCACAUUUUAUAAAUAAAUUAAUGUGGUAAAGACAUUUUUCAAAUGAAAUAUUCAAUAAAAGAAGAAAACCGAAAAA